GACAGGUCCAAAAUGGAAACUGGACCUGGUGAACUCCCACACUAUAUGCAGUACAAUGAUCCCAGUACAAGAAAAACCAGCAGUACAUGCAGAUCUCUUGAUCAGCUAACUUUCUCCUCAAUCUGAUGAAGUAAUGAACCCAUUCUAUUAAAUAAUUCUAUGUUAUAAUACUGGAAAUUCCCAAUUUCCCACAUAGAAGCAGGCAAACCAUUGGUUGGGGUAGUACAAUCCACAAACCCUAAAAACCCAACACUCUUCUUUUUCUCUGUACUACUACAACCACCUUAAAUUCCCCAUUGCUCAAUCUCUGUAUACAACCCAAAGCUUUCAAUUUAGAAAGGAGAGAAGGAAGAGGAAGUACACGAAAUACUCCCCCCCCCCCCCCCCCAACACGGUUCAGGAUCGGAGAAACAUCAUUGAGUGCAGCGUUGAUGAAAUUUUCGCUCCUCCUCUUUUGGGUGGCCGACGAACUCACCAUUUCGUUCCGGGAAGCGUGGUUUCAGCAGCGCUGCUCUCAAUAAUGUUUCUCUUUCUUUUGGGAUCUGAAUGGAAACCACUUGUGAUUCUAGAAAGAGAUUAGUACAAGCGGGUAUAUACUAUUUUACUUUUUUCUGCUUAUCUUCAGUUCUCUCGUCUUUGUUCUAACGUAUACUCUAGUGUUUUUCUUACAUUGUACUAGAGGGUUGGUGGGUAGCCCCAAUGCAAAAUAGAUUGAUUGUUUUGCUUUUGUUUGGCCAAGAACUUGAUUGUUUGUAUUUCAUUACUUAUUCAUUAAAAAAUUUAUGUGUUUCAGCAACUUACAAAUCAUUUGCAAUCAAAUUAGCUUUAUGAAGAUUAACAACAUCCAUCAAUCUUUCAAAUAGAUCACAAAUUUAUUACCAAGAAGAACUUUGAUUACUAAAAAAAAGAUCUUUGAUUUAUGAUAAUCAGAUGAUAUGACAAUGACACGAUGAUGAAGCUGCUUGAUGAGAAGCAUCCAGUACGACAAUGUACCCAUUAUAGAAUGUGGGUUAACCAUCAUAUUAUAUGUAAGGCCAAGAGACAUUUUUUGAACCGUUGGAUGACUGAUGACAGCAUUGUUGUUGUAAUUAUGAGGAAUGGUCAAAAAGAUGGUAGAGAUUAGAGAACCUCCCCAAGAUGGUCAAAAGAGUUGAAAGUUGAAUCUCUUUUUUUUUCCACUUUUUACUAUGUUGCUGUUGCCUAGUUUUGCUGCAAACUGGACUUGUGGCCAAUAUAGAGAAGAGAAGCCUGCAAAAUCGUACUUUGCUUGGAAUUGGGCUUUUCGCGAAUCUGCCAAACCCAACAGGUGAAUGCACUCAUAUUAUUAUCAGCACACAUUUCCUACAUUUUCUUAAAGGACAAGUCUUGAAAUUUGCUGCUGAAACUGAAACUCUGCACUAAGCCAAACAGAGCCUUUACCGCACCGAUCAAUCAUUCCAAUCUUUAAUUUCCCGACUAAUAAUUUCCCCCCAUGUCCAAAGACCAAACAAAGGUUUCUCCAGAGCAACCCUGAUAGGGCUCUGUUUUCCUACCAAAUUACGCCGCGCUGCCAUUCGCCGUUCGCCAUUAUUCCCUUUCUUCGUCUUCUGCUACUGCUAAUAAAUGUCGACGACCCCUAAAACCAAAAGCCCUCUUUUCAUUUCCCUUCUCCGCUCCUUCUAUUAGAAAAAAGACGAGAUUUUUUUCUUUUUUUCCCCGAGAAAAUUUUCAGAUAGAGAGUGGGGCUGCGGCGUGGAGUUCUCUGUCUGCGGGGGGAUUCUUCUUUAAUUCGUUGGCCGGGGAAUGGCGGAGAAUGGGUCUCUGCCGGACCACCUCCGGUGCAAGCGUACCGACGGGCGGCGGUGGCGGUGCGGCCGGAGGGUGGAACAGGGGAAGAAGCUCUGCGAAAUUCACCACCUCCAAGGUAAGCAUCGCUCGCACAAGUGGAAAGUCCCCGAGUCGCUCAAGAUACAAAGGAAGUACAAGAACAGCAACAAUGGCGCUCGAGUUAGGUUACCCAAGGAGGGCGACGUCGUUUUGUCGAAAUUGGGGCAGAAGAGGAAGAGGCCGGAGGGGUUCCACGAGGUAGUGAAGAUGAAGAAGAAAACGAAGACGAAGAAGAUUAAUGCCAAGAAGAACACGCUGCAAUUUGAGCUGAUUCGGAUGGCUCUGAAUAGAGCAGUCGAGAAGCGGAAAGGGCAGAGUACCAAUCACAAGAAAUCCAACUCUAAGAAUAAGAGCGGUAGUAGUGAUAAUAACAGUGGGGAAGAAGAGGAAGAAGAUGAAGAGCACGAGUUGAUGAGAGAUUUGCCUAAUGGGUUCAUGGCUAUAUCUCCUGCUAAGCAUUUCAACAAUGUGGGUUCAUGUUCAGCUUCCACAGCUUCCUGCGACGUCAAAAUUGGGUCGGAUUUGAGUUCUGGGAGACGGUUCCGGUCUAAGAACCUCGAGCCAUUGCCCAUUGGAGCUGCCCUGCAGGUUAAGGAUAUGGUGGAAUUGAACAGAGGGAAGAAGAAGCAGAAGUGCCAUUGGUGUAGGAAGAAUGGGUUGAGUAGUACUUUGAUUCAAUGUUCCAGUUGUCGGAAGGAGUUUUUCUGUAUGGAUUGCAUCAAAGAACGGUAUUUUGAUGAGCAAGAAGAAGUUCAGAAUGCUUGUCCAGUUUGCCGCGGGACUUGUGGAUGUAAACCAUGCUCGGCAGCCCGAUUUAAGGACGGUGAAUGUGAGGAGUUCUCUAAUGGUAGAAGACAGGUGAAUAAGGUCUUGUACUUUCAUUAUAUGAUCUGUAUGCUCCUUCCAGUGCUGAAAAAAAUGAAUCAAGAUCUUGCUUCCGAAAUUGACACAGAGGCCAAAAUAAAAGGUCUAAAACUUUCCGAGAUUCAAAUAGAGCAGGCUAAAGUAAGCAGCAACCAACGUUCGUGCAAUAACUGCAAGGCUUUGAUUGUUGAUUUCCUCAGAAGCUGCCAAAGCUGCUCCUACAGCCUCUGCUUAAGAUGUUGUCGAGAUGUUUUCCAGGGGUUAGUACGUGGGAAUGUCGAUGUGCUUGUAUCUAAAUGCCCUACAAGAAGGAAAACUUUCGUUUCGGGCAGACAACAAUCCGAGAUGAUAUCAGCAUUCACAUCAAAGAAGAGAUUCCCCGGUAGACAUCCCCGUAAUCGAAAAGCUUUCAAUGGUUGUGUUGGUAUACCUUGUCCACCUUCUGAGUUUGGUGGUUGUGGUGAUAGCCUGCUCGAUCUGAGCUCUCUUUUCCCAUUGAAUUGGGCCAAGGAGCUGGAAAAAAGUGCAGAAGAGCUUAUUGGCUGCUACGAGUUGCCCGAGACCUUGGAUAUCAACUCCAGUUGUUCGUUAUGUACUGAGAGUGACCUGGAAACUGAUGAGGUAAAGCAGUCACAAGAGGCCUCUACAAGAGAAGAUUCACAAGACAACCUGUUAUACUGUCCUACUGCAGUAGACAUUCACGGUGAUAAGCUAGAACAUUUCCAGAAACACUGGGGCAAAGGUCAGCCUGUAAAAGUCCGCAAUGUGCUUCUGGGUACAUCUGAUCUGAGCUGGGAUCCAAUUGUCAUGUUCUGCACCUAUCUCAAGAACAAUGCUAACACAACCGGGAAUACACAGGCUAUUGAUUGUUUGGACCACUUUGAGGUGGAAAUUGGUGUUCGGCAGUUAUUCAUGGGAUCGAUAAGAUGUCCGAAAAAUGCCAAUAUGUGGCAUGAGGAACUAAAGUUGAAAGGAUGGCUUUCUCCUCAAGUAAUCCAAGAACAUCUCCCAGCUCAUUACUCCGAAAUCCUUCAUGCUCUACCACUCCCAGAAUACAUGGACCCCACUUCUGGUGUCUUGAACUUAGCAGCAGAGUUGCCACAGGAGAUCUCGAAACCUGAUUUGGGUCCUUCCAUCUACAUUUCGUACAAUAGCGGGAACGAUAUUGUAAGAGCUGAGUCAGUAUCAAAAUUGCGGUAUGAUACCUAUGAUGUGAUCAACAUUCUGGUGCAUGCAACUGAUGCACCUGUCUCGACUGAACAACUUAACUAUAUCCGCAAGCUGAUGAAGAAGAACAACGAAGAGAACCGAGCAAAUGGAGGAAGCAUCGAAGAAUUGAGAUUGCAUGAUCUGGUAGAGGAAGAAAUUCAAUUGCACAAGAAAGUUGCUCGAGUCUCUUGGUUCGCUGCUGCACAACAUGAAGCCCGCGAUGAGAAACGUAACACAGUUUUCCACAAUAAUGGAGCGUGUUCAGACACUGAUUCCGACACUGAUACUGAUACCGAUACUGAAGUCUCAAAGUUCUUGUUUGGUCCAGUCAAAGGGUCUAGGACUUCAGAGCACCGAACAUCCGGAAUAAAGCGUUCGGAAACAACCUCCGAUGAAGAAUUUGUAUCUGAGAAACAUGAAGAGUCAUGCGGUGUCCUAUGGGAUGUCUUCCGUCGACAGGAUGUUCCAAAGCUCGUAGAGUAUCUACGACAGCACUCGUAUGAGUUUGUCAAUACAUAUGGUUCCAGAAAGCCGGUUACUCAUCCGAUACACGAUCAAAUUGUCUUUCUCAAUUCGAUGCAUAAGCAAAGGCUCAAAGAGGAAUUUGAGAUUGAGCCGUGGACAUUCGAGCAACACGUGGGAGAAGCCAUCAUUAUUCCAGCCGGAUGUCCUUACCAGAUUAUGAAUCUCAAGUCCUGUGUGAACAUAGUGCUGGACUUCGUAUCUCCGGAAAGUGUCAUGCAGUCCAUGCAGUUGACCGAUGAGCUUCGCCUACUUCCAGAUAAGCACAAGGCCAGGGCUGAUUGUCUUGAGGUGAAGCAAAUGGCCAUCCAUGGCAUCAGUAGAGCCAUUAAAGAGAUACGUGAGCUUACUUCUUGCACUGACUAACACUGCGAGAUGCAACUUUCAGAAUACAUCAUCGUCCAAUUCCUUGGGUUUUGCUACCACAGAUGAAGUACUCCCAUCAAUGAAUAAGAAUCAAAGGGCUGUGCAAGCUCAAAUUGUUGAGAAUGAGUGGAAGAGAUUGUUCCAGUUCUGCAUCAGAGUUAUAAGCAUAUAUGUACAAUGAUUGUAUGCUUUCAUGGGAUUCAUAAUCUGCAAUUGGAGAGAUGAUGGAAGGGAGGUAAUUCUUGUAGACUAAAGAUCAAAGGCUAGUUAGGAUAGGGUUUCUAAAACUUUUUUGUUGGGGUACUGUCCUUUGGAUUUUGUGUAAAUGACUCCUUUUUUUCCAAGACAAUCCAUUGGUUGUACAUAUCAUUGGUGGUAGUCUUCUGAGUAAUAGUUCAAGGUUGAGUGUUAGCCGUUAGGUUGUGAUUUGGGGUUACUGAGUUCCUGGAACUCAUAUGUGACUUAGGUAAUCGUAGAGUGUAACAGAACAUAACAGCUCGUCUUCAGUCACAAAUUUUUACUGUUUUUUGUUGUUGUUGUUGCUGUCUCUGUAUAUGUCUAAAUCUAAACUCAGGGAGGACACGAUGGAAAUGGAUACUUAUCCAUAUUGUGUUGUAGAAAUUAGAAUGAAUGAAGCAGCUAACAGUUGGUCACCCUCUAGCUGCUGCGAGCCAGAAACUCUUCUUGACACUUCUCUGCUACGACUGCGAUGCAAGAUAGAUUGCAACGUCCUUUUCUGCUGACGCUCAUGAACAGGUAACGGGAUAGGAGGAUUGAGACUUUCUUCUUCAAAUCUGCAUCUAGAUCUUUAGAGGGUGGUAGCUGAAUCUUUACCUUCCAUUUGCAUCCAUCCUGGUUUUGUGGAAUCCACAAGAGCCAAUGGUUUUUUUAUUUCAUUUCUGGGGAAUAGCAGUACUGCAUUUUGAGCUUCUUCUUUGAUCCAUGGCAAAAAGAACUAAUGAAAAACAUGCAUCCUUCUCUCUAUCUGACAGUCACAGAGCGACAUCAUAAUUUUUUUUUACAGUUCUUGCACAUAACAUGAUGAAUCGAAUGAGAUCUUAUCUCUGUUUUUUAUGGUUAAGUCAUUAUAGAACCGUUGGUAGAACCAUUUGUGCGGUAUGACAUUAAAAUUGCAUAUAAUAUGGUCAUUUAUGAUUGAAGUUAUCGAUAAACAUAAACCAUUUCGAAUCUAUAUCAUCCAUCACUAAAAAGUAAAAACUCUAACAAAUCACUCAAACCAUCUCACUAAAAAAUUUAUGAUUUUUUUACGAAAUUCAAGUUAUUAAUUAGGGUGGCAAUUUGUGGUGGGCCGUGAUAAAGCCGACAAGAAAGUGGAGAAACGAAAAAGAGGAAACAAAAAUAAAAUUAGCGGUUCAGGUGUGAUUGUCUUAAUUUAUAUUAAAAUAUUUUUCAUAAUGUUUUUUAGUUAAAACAGUGAAUAAAGUAUUUUUCAUAAUGUUUUUGUUGUUAAAAUAGUGAACAAUUCAAAUCAAGAUCGAGAUGGUAUAUCUAAUUUCAUAUUCUUUUAACUGUCAAUCCCUUCCUAACUGUCCAAACAAAUUACCCAAACGUUGAUUUUUAUAACUAGGGAUAAUAGGCAUCGGGUUACACAUGCAAUGCCAAUAAAUGGUUAGAUUGAUU